AUGGCACCAACUGUUCGCACCCACACGCAGACGAGACGCGGCAACCGUGCUGGAUACCAGGAGCACGAUGACUUCGAGGGUCUCCCGGUUCGACAAUGGCGUCAGGAGUGGGUGAGCAUCGCACCUCCACCCCCGGUCGAGACGACGCAGAAGAACGAUGUUUGGGCCAUUGAGCUACCUCACGGCAUGCCCAAGGACUCGAACCUGCUCCCCACGCACACCCAGGAGCUCCUCAGGGCCGCCCGCUCUGGCCGACUCUAUAAGCGGCCUGCCCCCGCCGAGGAGGAAGAAGCCGAGGCCGACGCCGCCCCCGAGAAGCCUGACAAGAAAGAGGAGGACCCCGCCGCCCAGGGCUUCAUGGUCAAGGUCUGGAAACAGAUCCCCCGCAACGCUGAGGGCCCGACCAUCUCCCACCUAGCCAAGAGGAGGAAAGGCACCGUGACUCUGUCCUCCGACCUGCCCGCCGGCGCCCCGUCUGGCCCAACCGUGACCAAGGCGACCGUGCGCCGCAUCGACGCUGCCGGGAACCCGUACACCCAGACCGUCACUCUGGCCGAAGGUCAAUCUGUGGACGGCGAGAUCAUAUCGACCACCGUUGUGGCCGCUCCCAACGUCCAUGCAAAUCCCGAGAAUGCUGCCGCGACCCCGGUUCGGAGACGGCCUCCUCCGCCCAAGAGGAAAGCAAAGGGCCCAGGAAGGGGUCGCAAGAAGAAGCUGCCUUUGCCCCUGCCUGCGCGGCCCGAUGGCGCCGGUGUCUCUGGUGCUGAGGGAGCUGAGGGUGGUGUGAAACCGGAAGGAGCAGCUGAUGGCAUCAAACAAGAAGGUGACAAUGACGAUUCAAAGAACCAAGACAGCGAGAUGGCUGAUGGCGAUGACGACGAGGAGGGCGACGACGACGGGGAUGACGGAGAUGAGGGCGAGGAGGGCGAUGAAGACGAGGGUGACGUCCCUGAUAGCGAGAAGGGAACGCCGGCCGGCAAGGAAAGCAGCGUUGACCAGGAGAUUAAGGAUUCUCCCUCGGUUGAGCCAUUCGCAAUUACAGCACCAGCUGUUGACCCGGAUGCCAUGGAUAUCUCCACCGACGAGUCUCCGUCAGGGGCCGACCAGGUGCAGCCCCUGAACACCAGCAUCCCUCCUAUUCAACCACCUCCACACCUGACCCCAUCUCGGAUAGAAGGAAGUCCUCUGAAGGUUGUUUCGAUGCCCUCGCCUACCGAAAUAGCAGCUACGCACAUACCACCAGUGCCCGCUACCGAAGAUCCGGAGCCCAGUGUUCCUGACGUACAAUCGGCGAUGGUAUCUGACGCAAUGCCAGCCCCUGCUGAACCCGUCGAGGAGACACUGCCUCCUGUCCCAGCAGAGCCUGCGCCCCAGAAACCGCAGGAAGCACAGGCAAUACUGGAGACACAGGAAGUCCAACCCGCUCCGGAGACAGCCGUCAUUGAAACCGAAGCACCAGCCGAUGUUGAGAUGGCAGACAGUACCCCAACACAAGAUGCCCCGGUACACGAGGAAUCUAUCGUGGAAACCAAGAUAUUGUCGAGCACAGAAACAGAUGCAGGCCGCGCCGUCGUAGAAGAGAUCGUCGAAACAACAACGAUCCCGCUGAAGGAUGAAGUCCCAGCUGCCGAGGUUCCUCUAGUCGAAGAGACCACUGUUGUUUCAGAAACGCAAGCACCCCCUACUAUUGAGGAAGCACCCAAGGCACCAUCUCCGAUUGUCGAAGAGCCUGAACAGCCUGUCAGUAUCGUUGAGGACCUGGCUCCACAGACCACAUCCGACCAGAUCAUGGAGGAGACUUCCGAGCCGGCUCCUGAAACAGCUCCUGAGCAGCCACCACCGACUGUGGCCCAAAUUACCGAGCUGACAGAGCAUUCUACCCUGCCUGCUCUCGAUGCGCCUGCGCCAGUAGAUAAGCCUGCCCUGUCAUUACCUCCCUUGAACCCCGUUCAGACCGGAGCGGCGGCUUCUUUGUUGAUCGCUGAAGAACGUGAGCCAGAGAGCCCUGAUCUGCUGGGGGGCUUGGAGGCUGCGCUGGAUCGACACAGCGAAUCGAAAACCGAACCUGGCCCGGCUGAAUCUGUUGCGGAAUCUACGGCUGACCCUAUUGUUGAGCCUGCCGCCGAGCGUGCUGCCGAGUCUGCUGCUGAGCCUGCUGCCGAGCCUAUUGUCGAGCCUGCUGCUGAACCUACUGUCGAGCCUACUGCUGAAGCUGCUUCUGAGCCUGCUGUUGAGCCUGCUGGCGUAUCAGCUGCUGAGCCUUCUACAGAGGCUGCCGCUGAGCCAACCACGGUUCCCGCAGCAUCUGUGCCUGAUGUCGAGGCAACCUCACUACAGGAAGAGGAGAAGGUCCCUGAAGCGAAGCCGGAAGAAACGACCGGAUAG